UAUCCCCGCUGUCUUUCCAUUCCAGGGGCGCCGAGACUGGGGGUGACUGGGAGUAGCGCAGCCUCCGGAGGAGGAGGCGGAGAUGGGACCAGGAAUCACCUUCAAGCCUAUGUCGUGAGGCUUUGGCAGAAAUUAAGAAGGAAGUAUCUCCAUUUAGAGACGGGGUUUCACCGUGUUAGCCAGAAUGGUCUCGAUCUCCUGACCUCGUGAUCCGCCCAUCUCAGCCUCCCAAAGGUGACUAGCUUUUUAAGUAAUGGUUCAUUGGCAUGGAUAAAUGUUCAGUGGGAGGAUUAGAAUUGACUGAACAGACUCCUGCUUUAUUAGGGAAUAUGGCCAUGGCAACUAGUCUCAUGGACAUAGGGGAUUCAUUUGGUCAUCCAGCUUGUCCUUUAGUUAGUAGAUCUAGAAACUCACCAGUGGAAGAUGAUGAUGAUGUUGUAUUUAUUGAAUCUAUACAACCUCCUUCAAUUUCUGCUCCAGCAAUAGCUGAUCAAAGAAACUUCAUACUUGCGUCAUCAAAAAAUGAAAAGCCACAAGGAAAUUAUUCUGUAAUUCCUCCUCCUUCAAGAGAUUUGGCGUCUCAGAAAGGAAAUAUAAGUGAGACAAUUGUUAUUGAUGAUGAAGAGGAUAUAGAAACAAAUGGAGGAGCGGAGAAAAAUUCUUCCUGUUUUAUUGAAUGGGGACUUCCUGGAACUAAAAACAAAACCAAAGAUUUGGACUUCUCCACUUCCAGUCUUUCAAGAAGUAAGACCAAGACUGGAGUAAGACCUUUUAACCCUGGUAGAAUGAAUGUGACAGGAGACUUAUUUCAGAAUGGAGAAUUUGCAACUCAUCAUAGUCCUGAUUCUUGGAUCUCCCAGUCAGCUUCAUUUCCCCGUAAUCAGAAACAGCCGGGGGUGGAUUCUUUAUCAACAGUGGCCUUACUUCGUAAGCAGAAUUUCCAGCCUACAGCCCAACAGCAACUUACUAAACCAGCUAAAAUCACUUGUGCAAAUUGCAAAAAACCUUUACAGAAGGGACAGACAGCUUAUCAACGAAAAGGAUCAGCUCACCUCUUUUGCUGUACCACCUGCCUUUCUUCCUUUUCUCAUAAACGUACUCAAAACACACGAAGUGUAAUAUGUAAAAAAGAUGCAUCUACAAAGAAGGCUGAUGUUGUUCUUCCAGUAGAAUCAAGCAGAUCCUUCCAAGAAUUUUGUAGUACAUCUUGUUUGUCUCCCUGUGAAAACAACCGGAAUCUUAAAAAAGGAGUUUUUAAUAAGUCAAGAUGUACAAUUUGUAGUAAAUUAGCAGAGAUUCACCAUGAAGUCAGCGUAAAUAAUGUAACACAUAAACUGUGCAGUAACCAUUGCUUUAAUAAGUACAGAUUGGCCAAUGGUCUAAUAAUGAACUGCUGUGAACACUGUGGAGAGUACAUGCCUAGUAAGAGUACUGGAAACAACAUCCUGGUGAUUGGAGGUCAGCAGAAGAGAUUUUGCUGCCAAAGUUGUAUUAACGAAUAUAAACAGAUGAUGGAAACAAAAUCAAAAAAAUUAACAGCAUCAGAAAAUAGAAAAAGGAAUGCUGUUAGAGAAGAAAAUGAGAAACAAUUCUGUGGAUCGUCAAGUACACUUUUGAAAAAAAUAGAUGGAAUCACAGAAAAAAAGGAAAAGAUUUCAGAGCUACACCUUUCGGUAGAAUGUGGCACGGAUACAUUACUGAUCAAAGAGAAUGUGAAUUUACCUCCUUCUUCCGCGUCAGCCAUAGCUGGUACAUUUCAAGAGCAACUGGAAGAGAAAAAUUUUGAAGACUCCAUUGUACCAGUUGUGCUUUCCGCAGAUCCAGGUACGUGGCCCCGAAUUUUGAAUAUUAAACAACGGGACACUCUUGUUGAAAAUGUUCCGCCUCAAGUAAGAAAUUUUAACUUUCCAAAAGAUAAUACAGGCAGAAAGUUUUCAGAAACUUAUUAUACACGGAUUCUUCCAAACGGUGAAAAAACCACUAGAUCCUGGUUACUUUAUUCGACCUCAAAAGAUUCUGUGUUUUGUCUAUAUUGCAGACUCUUUGGGGAAGGAAAAAAUCAACUGAAAAAUGAAAAUGGUUGCAAAGAUUGGCAACAUUUAUCACAUAUUCUUAGUAAACAUGAAGAAAGUGAAAUGCACAUCAACAAUAGUGUUAAGUACUCAAAAUUAAAAUCUGAUCUGAAAAAAAAUAAAGCUAUUGAUGCUGCAGAACGCAGAUUAUAUGAAAAUGAGAAAAAUGAUGGUGCGCUGUUGUUGUACACAUAAUAUACCUGAUUUGUUUUUUGGCAUGAUGAUCAGAAUCUUACAUUACUCAGAAAACAUCUGUGCUGCAAGAGUCAGUACUAUCCUGUUGUAAGUCUCCUCUACAGAGUAACUUGCAACAGUUCCUUAGCAAUAAGUAUGUUAGCAAAUAAAUAGCAAAAAAUGUUUCCAUUCUAAAUCUAAAACUAAUUAGUUUCAAUCAUUAUUAGGCAAUGAAGAUUAACAAUAGUAAUUGUUAAUCUUCAAAAUCUAUCAAUUUACACCUAUUUAAAAAUUGGCAUUUAAUGACUGCCAUUUGAUGGGUUUGGUUAAUAUUCAGUUCUUGGCCAGGCGCGAUGACUCAACGCCUGUAAUCCCAGCACUUUGGGAGGCCCAGGUGGGUAGAUAAUGGAGG